AUGUUAUUAAUCGAAAAACAACUUCAACCAUCAAGUCUAAUUGUUAACAAUGAUUGGAUGCCUACACAAAUCAAAAUCUUUUUCGAUACGUGUCAUCCAUCGACAAAAUUUGAUUUCAAAUAUCUUCAACGUUUGUCAUUAAUGGAAUGCACUCCAAGUGAUCUUGAUUAUAUUAAUACGAGUGUAUCACAAUGCAAUGGCUUGCAAUCUUUGUGUAUUAUCAUGAAAUCAUCAUUGGAUACAAACGUUAACAUAGUGGACUAUUCGACAAUCGAGACGCUUCGCAAUAUUGCAUUCAAUAGCACAUUUAAUACACUUACUGAACUUCAAUUGAUCAUGGAUGAAGGUAUUAUUCUCGAUAAACAAUUACAUCCGAACAUGAAUCUUACACACCUGAAUAUCUCAUUGCAACAAGUUGACGAUCUUUUUGUUCUCUUCGAUGGUCUUGCACCGAAAUUAAUCUUGCUCGAUGUUACUUUAUGGCAGUCUGAUGUUUCUAAGCAAUCUUUAAUGCGACGCUCGUGGUCACAUCGAUUCAUGUCUCAUUUGAUUGCAUUUCAUUUAACAACUUAUAAGAAUGUGGCAAUGACUUUCGAUCAUUUACGCGAUAUUGUCAUGCCUCUAAAUCAAGUCAAAGACUUUACGCUCGAUAUACGACAAUGGAUCACCAACGACAAGCAAUUCGUCAAUGGCUAUCACAUCGACAUGGUGAUUCGUCAGUAUAUGCCUUGUCUUCAACACUUUCAUUGCUGCAUUCAGACCAUGGAGAACAUCGAUAAGCAAGUAAAUGUUCUAUCUUACAAUUUAUGA